AUGGGUUAAAGUCACAUUGAGCGUUGUUGUUGGCGAAUUCUUAAAACAUAUUACACAGGUGCAUUAACACCUGUUAGAGCAUGAGGAGCGUCCCUCGGUGAACGGUGCCACACCUCCGUGCACCGUUACCGCAGCAGCGGCAGUGGAGGCUGUGGCGGUGGUGUGAUCAUGUGACGCCUGCAUUUCCGACACAACAAUACAACACCGUAUUGGUCUGCAUAUACGCUCCCCUCUCUCCCCCCUCACGCCUUGCUCUCGGUAUGGCGGACGGCGAGAGGUCCCCGUUACUAUCAGAUCUGGGAGAUGGUGCUCUUGGCAGCGGUAACGGCGGGGUGUCUCCCGGUGCUGCGCCCUACGGUGUGCCCAACAAACCACAGAGCUUCCCUCCGUUCCCCAGCCCUACUCAGCCCUCGGUGCUCCUAGGGGAGGACCCUCCGCCCUACUCCCCUCUCACCUCCCCUGAGAGUGGCAGUGCACCUGUUAUCAGCUGCAGGGUGUGUCAGAGCUUGAUCUCUGUGGAGGGAAAGAUCCACCAGCAUGUGGUGAAGUGUGGGGUUUGCAAUGAAGCAACGCCCAUUAAGAAUGCCCCAGCAGGGAAGAAGUACGUUCGCUGUCCCUGCAACUGUCUGCUCAUCUGCAAAGUCACCUCCCAGAGGAUUGCCUGUCCCCGGCCAUAUUGUAAGAGGAUAAUUAAUCUGGGUCCAGUUCAUCCUGGUCCGGCCAGUCCUGACCCCCAGCCAGCCGGGGCCCGGGUCUCCUGUGGACACUGCAGCAACACCUUCCUGUGGACAGAGUUCACAGACCGGACGCUGGCCAGGUGCCCACACUGCAGGAAAGUCUCCUCCAUUGGUCAGAGGUAUCCCCGGAGGCGGAGCUUGUGGUGUUUUCUACUCUGCUUGCUAUUCAGCAUCUCCACCGCCGGGCUGAUGGCUGGAACGUGGGUGAAGGCUCAGACCUACCAGGGGAUCUACGCCUCGUGGGCCGUGCUGCUGCUCCUGGUUCUCGUCACCUUGGCUCGGGCCUUCUACUGGGCCUGCAUGAGGGUCAGCCAGCCUCUCCAGAACUUCACAUAGAGCCCCCUCCGACCCUGCCGCUCCUCUCUUCCCACCCCGCCCCCCGCCAGGCAGGAGGAAAGAUGGCUUUAAAGAAAAUGAAAAAAAAACACAAACAAAAAACAGAAUAUUUAUUUAAUUCCAACUCCUGAAAGAGAAAGUUCUCCUCCUCCUGUCCCCUCCCUUUUAGUCAAAUGUGUUUCUAAAACUGGAUGGCGGUGGCUGCGACUGCUAUAUAUCUAUCGGUAAUUAUGAUGAUGCGUAUAGCCUAAUGUACUGUUUAUCUGUUCUAAUCUCGUGGCCAGUGUGGGGUUCAUUUUAACAUUAUAACAAUUAUAACAAUUUUUCUUCUCCUCUUUCCCCCUGCGCUGUUUAUAAAUUUUGGCUUUAGUCUGUGGCACAUCAGUUGCUCUCUCGCAACUUCUAAGAUAAAGGCUGAAAGCCAAGUCUUAGAUGUGAAUAUUGCCCUUGUUUUUGUUUAGGGGGGCGCUCCCUCUCCAAUCCUAAUUUGACAUUAGGUUUAGUAUUCGAGCAUUUAACAUUUCUUUUGAACCGAGAAAAAAAAUUGUGAAAGCGGCGAUGAAGUCGGAUGAAGCUAACAAAUAAAUGCCAGUAGAAGACGAGUGGCUGGAGGGACAUCAGCCUCCCUUUGUGAAUCAAAAGAUCAAGUAGGUGUUGAAAUGUGUCUGAAAAAUUGAAUUCAGCAGUACGCGAAGGUAGGCUAUGAUGUUUUUGAACUCAGUGUUUCUGCUGAAUUAUCCCCUGGGACUGACUUUGAUCCAAAGCAGCUUGAAAGCCUUAAAAGGAGGUGUGGUAGAAGGAUUCAACACACACACACACACACACACAUAUAUAUAUUCACAACCACAUAAAUGCAUACCGGCACACAACAAAAGGAGGAUGCUCUUUUAGAGUUGCAACGGCUCACAAACCAGUUUGUCAAAGGCAUUCCAGCCUCCCUCUUCAAAGACGGACCCGCAAACAGAUUUCCUCCAUAUUGCUGUCCUUAUUUCAGCGUAGGAAAAAGUGACAUGCACGUUACUUAUAAGAGUGUAACCACAUCUAUCAUACAAACUAUAGCCAACAGGUUUACUUUUUACAAAACAACUUGUUUUAUCGUUUUAUUUACUUUCCAGUGAUACUUAAAUGCAAACUUCAAUCACAUAUCUACAGCUGACAUAUCAAGAAAACUGCAAAAUGUGACGGAUACUGUACAUAGAUCGACAUGGUUGAACCGUGGUUGAUCUUGUUUCCUUGGCUCUCCCCAAACAUACCAAAAUAUGAAGCAAAACACAAAGAGCGAUUUGCUCUUAUAACACUGAUAUCUUCCUCUUUAUACCCACACAACCCUGUGAGUAUAAAGUGUGCUUUGGUCUUGCUUUUCUGUUGUUGGUUGUAAGCUUUCGUGCUUACAAACUGCACUACAUAUUUGUCUUGGGAGAGGACUAUAAGCUGAAUUUUAAGGGCUUCUCUGUAUGCCUUGCUCGUAGAGGUUGAGUCUUUGAAAACAAAAACAAAACCGUAAGCUUUUAAAAUACACUACUUGAGGGUUUUAUAGCUCUGGAUAACAACCUCUAAAAUGAUUGGACGUGCAUUUAAAUGCAUCGGAGCUCAGAUAACAAACCUUACACUAUGGUCCGGGUGAAUACUCAAUUCUAAUUGGCUGCAGGGCGUCCAUUAAUUCCUGACAAUGGAAACAUACUAAGUAGUUCCAGUUUAACUGUCUCUUCACAGUAAUAUGAAGAGACUUGCUCGGACCUACCAUAGCCGCAAAGCCUCCAUUUACAAUCUAUUGCACUAAUAUUACUGAGGGUACCUCAUCCCCUGAACACCACAAGGGGCGACUGUAACACAAACGCUGCAAGACGUUUACUGCUCCUCUGAAUGGUCUGAUACUGUGCAUUUCAUUAGCGAUUAUCUUGUAUCCCAUUUGCAAUUCAACGUGCUACUUAAGGCUACAGCCAACACUACACAUCCGGUCAAAUUUGUUCAAGGAAACCUUAAUAUUGAUUUGGGGACAAUGACAUUGACUGGGUAGCUAGAUAAUCUUGUUAAACAAACCUGCAAGUUGAAUUUACUGUUUGUUAACAAUACACAAUGUUAUUAACUCUGAAUCUUGCCAGCAUAACUUUAGCUUCCUGGCUAACAGCUGAGCCAAAUGGUUCUAUGAGCUGUGCCACUAUAAAUAUUUCCCGUUGCCAAGUUGUAUCUGAGGUUCAUCCUAUUUACUGGAAUAAUUUUCAUUGUAAAAGAGCCUCACAGGAUGGCAAUGAUUGUUUCAGGCUUUAGUCAAACCCUCAGGUGUGACCAGACUUUUGGCUUGUGGAAUACUGCAGAUUUAGAUUGCAAAAUGCGUGAAAUUAGAAAUUAAUGGACUACAUUUUUUUCCCUUUGUCAAGGGACCAUGGUGUAUGAGGGUUAAAGUUCUUUGAGGUGUCCGUAAUCAGGAAUUAAUGGACUACCCGGAGGCAACUGCAUUCUGGCCUCCCCGAUGACCAUUAAUUCCUGAUAAUGGACACCUCAUCCUUGCAUAAUUAUCAUGAAAGCACCAUGUUGCUAAACUCUGUCAGCAUCUUGCAUUUGGGACCACUCAUGGUAAAAAUAUGUCCAGUGUUUGUCUUUGAAGACGGAGGCUGUUCCUGAGCUUUCUUAAGUGUUGGUUCCAAGAUGAAGCGUCCACCCUUAAGGCCAGUUGAGUAUCUGUAGAAGAUAAAAAAGAAAAACAGCUCCAUCACAUAAUGCCAGUCAGAAUAGGUCAGUAACAUAAACACACACUACACUUUACAUUCUCACUCAGUGUAAGUCCCAUAAUGACUUCUCUGUCUGUGGUUCUGAAUGUGGUAACAUUUAUUUUGUUAUGAAUUAUGUUGUUUUUUGUUUUGAUUGUAAAUAUAUUUGUUGUUUAUGUACAAUGGAAGUGACUAAGCGAAUUAUGUUGCACUCCGAGCUUAACACUACUGCUGUGAUCGCUGCGGACGUUUUAUUUCUUGUUUUUAAGAAGGUUAUUUUUGCAACUCUUCACCUGUUACAUAUUUAAUGAUUUGAUGAACUACUAACCUAAUAAGCCUCUGGAUACCCAGGUUGUGUCCAAAAUCUUUUAACCACAAACACAUCAACAUACCAACAAAACAUUAUGACCGAAUCACAUUACCAAGCAGUUACAUUUCUAUCUUUUUCACAUACAACACACAUACACACCCAGCACCUUAUACAGUAGUGAGAAACACUGCAUACACCAAGUAAGAUGAGAAGAAGUUACCCUGCUAGACUGAACUGAGGUCGCAAACAGUUCAUAUGGAAGUGUCAUGUUAUUUAUUAUACACGCUGCAAAAAAAGGCCACAAAUGAGUCAUUUAUCGUGUCCUCAAAUCUUAUUUAUUGUAGAAAAAGUCUGUUAUGGAGUGACAUUAUUUCACUUUCUUCAAGACUAGACCAAGGACAUUUGUUCAUUUAUUUUUAAAAAUCAACACAAUGAUCUGCCAGUUUCCAAGUUAUAGUUGGUACAUUACUUUUUAAGACUGUGAUGGGGGGGAAAAAAUAAGAUUGAAGGACAGAGUUAACAUGACUUAAUUAAGAAGACCUUUUUUGGCUGUGGAGUAAUCAUGUUUUAUCCAUGACUGCAAAAGAAAUCAAUCAUGUUAAUGCCAAUAAUCAAGAACCUGGCUGAUGCUCUUUUCAGAGUUUGUUUACACACAAAUAAAGACAUGAUGAUGUACAAAACA